AAUCACUUCACCUCGCGGUGCAUUUUUCUGUCCAUGUCUGCGACGGCAUUGACACACGACUCCCGGACACUCUACGUCGAUACGAGCUGACAGCGCCCUAUGCGCCAUCAUGGAGGCCCUCAAAGACAGACCGCCGAGCGUGCUCUCACGGUCGCCAGAGAGCGUCGAAUGGCCCGCCGUACCGAGACACGAGAUUCGAUCACCCAGCGAUGUCCGACUACCAGACCUCAAAACAGUGCUGUCGCCGGAGUUUGAGCACAUGUCUGCGCCGCGACACAGUGCGCAUCCACAAUCACCGCAGUCAGUGCGAAGCCUGCCGCGCAUCGAUCCUGGUCGCAACUCGCUUGGCGAGCGAGGAACAGACGUCUCCAUGACAAGUCCAGUGGGCACUUCAAGCGUAAUGAGCAUGGACGACAGAAAUGGGCGUGCGACAAGUGUGGUGUCGAUGGAAGAUCCAGAUGUCCGCGACGCGGCUGAAGCAUUGUCAGGGUUGGGUAAUCCAGAAUACAGUCGUGGCUCGAGAGGCCAAAGCAGGCACGUGUCUAACGCUAGCUCGAAUGGCAUUGGACACCCCGAAUAUAGGGAAGACCCCGAGCCUAUUCUGGAGCUCAUAGCGCAGGCCCACCCUUGGGUCGGUGGAGCCGUGAAGACCUCUCUGGCAGCAUACUCGACAACAAAGGGCUUCACUCCACGCAUUGUUCAGGGUGCUGCCAACUUAAUGGAACGGAACACUAUCAAUGUUGCGAGUUCGGUUGGUGGAAUUACUGGUAUCGAUGCUGGCGUUCGACGUUAUUUGGAAUCCCGCAGGCCAGGAGAUGUUGCGAAUGUGUCUGCGGCAAAGCAAGACGUAGCCCUAGCGAACGGUGACAUCGAAAGGCCGCCUCGCCCGGAGGCUCAACUGCCACCUUACACAACGAGCAGACCCCCUUCGUAUCGCGAGGAGGCAAGCCCAAUGCGUCCGCCCCAUACGCGGAGCUGGAGUUCACAGUUCUGGGUGACCACCGGAGGUUUAUCCGUGGCGCUCAGCUACACGUCACGCAACAGUCUUAGGAUUUGCCUGACAUUGCUCCGAGACGCAGCUUCUGGUGUGCAACAACUCAGCAGAGCACUCCAGAUUUGCCUCGAGAAGUACGAAAGCACUCGUGCGCAGCAGGAUGCAAACGACGGUGCCAUUCUCGAAAAGGGACAACGCCCUUCCACACCGGAGCAAAAUGAACAAGCCCGACACUUGGCUGAGCAAAUACAGAGCGUUUGCGAUGAGAUUAUGAAGAAGCUACAUGUGGUCGUGCAGUCGGUAUCCGCCUAUACUGGUGGAGUGCUUCCCGAAAACGCGAAAGAAUUUGUCCGCCGACAGCUCAUGUCGCUUCCAGAACGCUGGCAGAUUGUGUCGAGGCAGCAAGCAGUUGCUUCAGAGACCAGUCGAAACGCAAGACGCAUGAUUGACUUCGCUGGCGAGGGUCUGGAAGUCAUGAGCCAAGUCAGCGGUGUCCUAAAAGCGACAUUGGACUCUGCAGAGCAAUGGCUGAUGCGCGUUGGCAGAAGCGACAAUGUCGACCAGGAUCAGGAAAUGGGCGAGGCUCCACACGCAUCUCAACGCUCAGACAUGGAAAAGUCUUGAGAGCUGCAGGAGAGAAAACGUUUCGGCCGGAGCAGACAUUUAACUCCGGACCUCGAGUGGUACGGGACACUUAAUCGCCGCUGAAUCAUCCUGACACGUGCGAAUGGCCCCUUCACUCGCGCUCCGCGAUACAGUAGCUCUCCACUAACGAAAGCUUGGAUGUGUGGCAUAUGGGGAUGCACGAUGCAUACCACUCUUGCUUACAAAUGCAGGGAAGAGGUGCAUUCACUGGCAACGCCUUUGAUUGUUGCUUAUACCACGAUCUGCAGUCACGCCGAAGUAUAGCAGCGCUGGCAGUGUGAUGGAUGCCUAGCAUAGUCACAGUAGUGACAAUACAUACCACCUGCGAGGUCUGCACAAGAUCACAGCAGGUUUGCAAGGCAUCAAAGGCCGGCUUGGCAUCUCUGCAGGCAAGGACAGGGAAGUCCGCCUAUCUGGUCUGGAUACGCGUAUUUCUGUGACACGGCGCACAGAGUGUGGCGUUGGGCAGUGCAGCGCGGUUCGAGCCACGAAGCAAUCACAUAAUGAUACCCGGGUGGGGAAAGGAUUGAUAGUAGAAAUUCAACCAUGUUAUGUAUGCAUAAUCAUAGCACAAAGUGGACAAUGCAUCGCCAGAUCGUACUCGAACC